CAUCAUCUUGAUCGUCAUUGUAUCCUACCCCCCACCCACCCCUCUCACAAUUCACGCCCUCACAAUUUCCACCUUCUUUUCCUCUUCAUAUUUCCGAUUUCAUCUCCAUCCAAAUCAUAUAUAUAGGAUCAUAUAUAUCUAAUAUAUUCAAUUAGAUAUAUAUAAUAAUAUAUAUCGAGAUCAAGAUUAGAAGAAUUUUUACAAGAAAACAUAACAUGAGGUUGCCGAUGGUUGAUUGUCGUAGUUUGAUUGAGUUUUGUCGGGCUUUUGAACAACAUAAGAACAGCAUGUCUCUAACCACCAAUAAUAACAUCCAUUCUUCACGGAAUAAUAAUAAAAAGUAUGCUGGGAAUUCGAGUUUGAAUAUUAAUAGUAAUAAUUCGAUAAAUAAUCCAUUUUGCGAAAAGUCACCUUUUGCGGCUAUGGACAUAUUGAUGUUGAUACUUGUUUUAGGAGCAUUAGGAUUCUUGAUCGUGCCUUACGUCACCACGAUUUAUCAUGAGAUGACACAAAUACUGCCAUUCGUUUUCGAAGUGAUCGGAGACGUUAUAUCGGAUGCACCGAUUGCGUAUGUUGUCGGUUUAGUGGCUGCGUUCAGUGGGGUGAUAGCUAGUAUUGCUGCUUGGGAAAUACUUCAAGUGAAAUCAAGAAAAUGUGGGAAGAAAGAUUGUAAAGGGUUGCGUAAAGCGAUUGAGUUCGAUAUCCAACUUGAAUCUGAAGAGUGUGUUAAGUAUUCGGUUUCAGGAAGUUAUAAUAACGGGGUGAAGCCGUUGGAAUUAGGGAAGGAUCAUAAGGAGCUGGAGGCAGAGUUGAAGAAAAUGGCGCCGCUUAAUGGACGGACUGUACUUAUAUUUCGUGCACCUUGUGGAUGUCCAGCUGGGAGAUUGGAGGUAUGGGGAGCUAAGAGAAUUCGUAGAAUCAAAAAAUGAAUUGAUCGGUUUUUUAUAUGAUACGAGUAGCUUUUUCGUUUAGAUAGAAAUAUAGAAUAAACAUGAUCCGGUUUAUGUUACUAUUAUUCAUAGCUUCUUGCUUUGCUUACUUACAUAUAGAAUAAUGGAUUCAAUCCUUCCUUCAUGACUA